GUGAAUGCAUCUCUUGAGUCACUCUCUUGCGUGUUGAGAAAAACCCAGUUUUUCAAAGAGCAAAGAGAAAUCAGUCCAGUCAUCUCUUAUAGAAGAUUUGUUUUGAAAACCAAUCAACAAAUCUGUUAACUACAGUCUGUCAGCAGACGUUCAUCUGUGGAGAUUAGCUGCCGUCGGAAAGAAUCGCUGACAUCUAUCAGCUCUUCAUUCAGCGACAGCAAAUCAGGUGAAGACACAAGACAACAACCAAUUUUAAAACUUCUUAAAAGUGAGACAGCCAUUGAAAAAAACACCAGAGCUGUUGUCAUGAUGUCAGAGGUGGAGUUUCAUGCCGUCUUAGGCGCCAAAAACGAGAAGAUCUCAGCUCUUCAACAAGAAAACGCUGCAUUAUCAGAAAGCUUGAAGAGUCUCGCCUCCGAGCUUCGUAAAAUGGAGGUAGUGCACCAACAUGCCAACGAGGCGAGGCAGCUUGAGUCUGAGCUAACUACCGAAAGGAAAAAGGUCCAGGAAGCUGAGAUCUCCAUUAGACAAUUAGCUCCAGGAGCUAAAGCUGCACCGGUCCACCAACAUGAGGACGACCGGGAGAAAAAGGCUUUAAGAGAUGAAGUGUUGAGGUUGACUCAGAUUGUAGAAGAGCAGCAAACUGAGCAUGAAGACGACGUUGCUGUUCUGUAUGAUGAGCGGAUUAAGACCAAUAAAGACCGCCGAGAUGCCAUCAGAAGGGCCGAUCAGCUGAAAGUAUCUCUGAUCGCAGAAAAGAACAAAACAAGAGAGAUUGAGAUCUGUUCAGCCAAGCAGAUGGAGGAAAUCUCUAAAUUACAAGCUGCUCUGGUCAAAAUGGAGAGCAAUUUGGAGGAACAAAGACGGCAGUGGGAGCAAGAAAAACUCCGUCUUCUGACCAAUAACCAAGAAACAUCUGAGGUGGAACAGCUGAAAUAUCAGCUGCAGGAGCAGACAGUUAAGCAUGAAGAUCAGGUUGCUGCUCUGUAUAACGAGCUGAUCAGGAAGAACAAGGAGAGUCAAGAUGCCAUCAAAAGGGCCGAACAGUUGAAGGAAGACCUGACUGAAGAGAAAAACAGAGCAAAAGAGGCUGAGGACUGCUUAGCCCAGCAAAAAAAGGAGACAUCUAACCUCCAGGCUGCUCUGGUCCUCAUGGAGAGAACUUUGGAGGACCAGCGGUGGCAGUGGGAGCAGGAAAAAUCCCAUCUUCUGACCAAACAACAAGAAAGAGAUGAGCUGGAGCAGCUGGUGAAGCAGUUAGAGUCACAGAAAGCUGAGGCAGAACAGGAGAUAGCUGCUGUGCUUUUGGAGCAGCAGAAAAAGAACCAAAGUCAUCAAGAUUCUGCAAGAAAAGUUGUUCAGCUUGAAAUUGCUCUGGUUGCUGAGAAGAGCAGAACAAAGGAGGCUGAGAACUGCUUGGCCGAGCAAGUGAAGGAAACCUGUGAAAUAGAGGCUGCUUUGGUCAAGAUGGAGCAAGGCUUGGAGAACCAAAGACAGCUCUGGGCCCAGGAAAAGUCCAGUCUUCUGACAGGGCAGCAGAAAGCUUUGAGAAAUGUGGAAGCAGCCAGGAAAGACGUUCUGGAGGUUCUGCAUAAUGAAAGGCAGGAGUGGCGGACAGAGAAGUCCUGCCUUCUAGAGAUCGUUGCAACAACAAAGGAGCUUCUGGAAGAGGCGGAGGUGAAGAGUAAAACUUCAACACUGAACCUGAUAGAGAAACUGAAAAACCUGCAACAGGAGAUGGACAAAUUACAAGAAAGCAAACCCAAAAAGAAAUCUUUCAGGAGAAAAAUCGCCAAGUUCUUUAAAAGGUCUAAAAAAGCUCCAUCUCAGCCUGAAAACUGACCACCACUGAACCUCAUGAAACCUCCUCCUAUCAAACCAUCAAACUGACAAAAUCUUCUAACCUUUAAACCCCUUUACCUUAACCCCCUUUUUAAAAUGGCAACCAUUGCAAAAUAUCCAGCAUUCCUCAGCACAAAACUAUUCAAAAAUUUCUUGUAAAUGCAAAAGUUCUGGCUCCCUACCAGGGUAACUAGUUUUACCCUGGUGAGUGGAGUGGGGCUGCACGGUGCAGCAGUUGUUAGCACUGUUGCCUCGCAGCAACAGAUCUGGCUGCUUGGGUUUUUGACGUUCUCCCCGUGCAUGCGUGGGUUCUCUCCGGGUGCUCCGGCUUCCUCCCACAGUCCUAAAAAUUUGAAUUUUAGGUUAAUUGGUCUCUGUAAAUUGAUCACAGGAAGUGACUCUGUGCCUGCAUGGUUGUUUAUCCCCUGUCUGUGUCGCCCUAUGGUUGACUGGAGACCUGUUCAGGUUAUUCCCCACCCCCUCUGAAGCUUUCAUUGUCUUUUUCAUUUAGUCUUCCUCUUAAAAUAUAUUCAUAAUAAAAACAUUUAAAAU